AUGAGUACCUUCGAAAAGACCGUUAUUAUUGAUGGCAAGGGUCAUUUGCUCGGACGUCUUGCUUCCAUCAUCGCCAAGCAAGCCCUCAAUGGUCAAAAGGUUGUCGUCGUCAGAUGUGAAGCCUUGAACGUUUCUGGUGAAUUCUUCCGUAACAAGUUGAAGUAUCACGCUUACCUCAACAAGCGUUGUCUCGUCAACCCUACUCGUGGUCCUUUCCAUUUCCGUGCUCCCUCUCGUAUCUUGUAUAAGGCCAUCCGUGGUAUGGUCCCCCACAAGACUGCUCGUGGUGCCGCUGCUUUGGAUCGUAUCAAGCUUUUCGAAGGUGUUCCUGCUCCCUAUGACCGUAUGAAGCGUAUGGUCAUUCCUGCUGCCCUCCGUGUCCUCCGUCUCAAGCCCGGACGUAAGUACACUACCAUUGGUCGUAUCUCUCACGAAGUUGGCUGGAAGUACCAAGAUGUUGUUGCCAAGCUCGAAGAGAAGCGUAAGGCCAAGUCUGCUGCUUACUACCAACGCAAGUCUGCUCUCGCUGCCAUCCAAAAGAAGGCUGUUGAGUCCAAGGCUGAUGCCCUCAAGGAUGUCAAUGCUUCCAUUGCUGCUCUCGGUUACUAA